AUGAUUGUGGAAAAUGGAGCUGAUAGCUCUGCAACACGAGUAAGAUAUCCCUUGAUAUCUAAAAGAUUAAGGAAAAGAAGCGCUGUGUUAACUUUUAUUGGCCUAUUAUUGGUAUGCGCCUUGGGUCUAUCACACGUCUUUCACAAAUUUACUGGAGCUGAUGCUCCUAAAUGUCGAUCGAUAUAUAUGUAUCCUUCCUAUGCAAGAAUUGAUGGAUUUGAUACCAGAUAUACGAAGUUAGCCAAAAAAUACCACAUUUACCUUUAUAGAGAACAAGGUAAGGAUAAUGCACCUUUGCAUGGAGAUGAAAUACAGUUAGACGGUAUUCCCGUUCUAUUUAUUCCAGGAAACGCAGGGAGUUUCAAGCAAGCAAGAUCAAUAGCGGCUGCAAGCGCUGACAUGUAUUUUGAUUCAAAAUCAUCAAUUGAAAACAGUUUUACGAAAAAUCUAGAUUUCUUUACAGCAGACUUUAACGAGGACUUUACAGCAUUUCACGGACAAACUAUGAUCGACCAGGCAUCCUUCUUGAAUGAUGCUAUAAAUUACAUACUGUCUUUGUACAGUCAAAGCAAUGCUUAUAAAAAUUCAAAUAGAACUUUACCAAGUUCUGUCAUCAUCGUCGGCCAUUCAAUGGGUGGUAUAGUAGCAAGAUUAAUGCCAACGUUACCCAAUCAUAUCAAAGAGUCGAUAAAUUCAAUCAUAACACUUUCUUCACCCCAUGCUGCUGCUCCAGUAACGUUCGAUGGCGACAUUUUAAGAAUUUAUGAAAGAAUCAACACAUAUUGGCGCUCUUCAAUGGAUGAUACCAACAGUUUCUUCAGAAAUAAUGUCUCUGUGAUAUCAAUUACAGGUGGAAUUCUAGAUGGAAUAUUACCAGCUGACUAUACAGAUGUUAAGGGUAUUAUUCCAGAAUCAAACGGCUUUGGUACUUUUACGACUACCAUUCCAGAAGUUUGGACUCCAAUUGAUCAUUUAGCAAUUGUGUGGUGCGAUCAGUUGAGACAUGUCAUAGCCAAGUACCUACUUGAAACAGUUAAUGACGAAUUGAGCACUAAAACAUCUGAUCUUGAUACCAGAUUGAGACUGGCUAGAAAUUUAUUUCUAAGUGGACUAGAACCCGUCACUCACCAGGAUAAACUUUUGGAUAAUAACCUUUUAGAUAUGUCUUCGAAUUUCAAGAAUCCCAUUUCAAUUAACGAAGAUAGAACAUUCUGGUUCAACAAAUCCAAUCCUAUGAAGAGUGAUUUCAUUUUUGAUAUAUCUGGUAACGAUAAGCUGCAAUUUCAACUACUAACAUCUUUGCAUGAUAUAGAGUUGUUGUUCUGUAGAACUAAAGAUAAUAAAGAUUGCAUACAAGGUAGUUCAAGUUUAUCAAAAAUACCGAGAUCAUCGAGUGCUACUCAAUAUCCAACAGACUCAUCUUGGGGAUCAGGAUUUUCGCCAUUCCGUUUCAUAUCGUUAAAUAGUACGGACUUGAAAGGGUUUGAAACCAUUUUGUUAAGAAAUACAAUAACCAAUGACGAUGACUUCCUAAUCGUAACAAUUGGUAAUGAAAAUAAUAUAGUGAUAUCAAAUAUAAACCCUUGGGAAAUUUCCAUGUCAUAUUUUCAAAAGUCGCUUGACUUUUUAACUUCAUUCACGAAGACUGUGUGCUUCCCAAAGCUUUGGUCUUCUCUGAUCUCCUAUAGACUAAAUGUGAUAUUCUCCGAAAGAGAAGAUUCAUCAUUUAAUCCACUCGUGAGACAAUAUGUCAACACCCAAUACGAAAGUAAGUGGCAUUUAUUCCCCUCGUCCGGCUCACAUGAUAUUAAUAUGCACAAUAUUCGUCCAUUUAUUAGUGUAGAUGAUACCAGUGAUAAAUCACUUAAUCUAAUGUUUUUUGCUCCUCCAGGACAAGAGUUAAGAAUAAAAUUAUCAAUAAACUGGCUAUUGACGUUUAAGAUGCUAUUCAUAAGAUUCAGACUGGCCAUUGCAUCUAUCCCAAUCUCGCUAAUUGCUCUUACCUUAUCUUAUCAGUUUUACUACUUUACCAGCGAUACUAGUAAAUUCAUUAGCUUUGAGACUGCUCUGACGAAUAUCGUUUGCAGGUAUAGCAUUCUUAUUUUGGGAUUUUUGUCUGUCACCCCACUCUUAUCGGACUGCAAAAUUCUUCUCCGUUUAUUAUACCUUCUGGAUCCAACCUCUCUAAACAAUCCUGUUCUGAAUGAUCAUACAAUAACUAAUAGUUACAUGCUUGGUUUACGGGAGCCGUUUACUUGGUGGAUAGGCCCACUAUUUUUUACAAUAUCUGUUGCAACAUUAUUUCUGCUUACAAGAAUUUUCAACAUAUUGGAGCUUGUUGCAGUAAAAACAGCAAAAUUAGUUAGUGAUUACAUCCCUGUACCACUUCACUCUAAUUCUGAAGCUCCUAGUAGGAAAUACAUGAUAUUCAGUACUCGGCAAUUAGUAGGAAUUUGUUUUCUAUUUCUAUUGGUAAUGUACUACGUCCCAUAUCAGUUUGCUUUCCUAAUUAUCAGUCUUAUACAGAUAUGGACAUGUGUACGACUAGCAAUCCUCAAUUAUUAUGAACCCUCAAAAUACAAUAAUGCUCACAACUUUAAUAUGUCCUUUUUGAUCCUAACAAUUUUCAUGAUACCAAUUAAUGCUCCAAUCGUUGUGGUAUUUUUCCGAAACAUAGCCAUUAGGUGGGAAACAGCAUUCAGAUCACAUCAUAAUUUCUUAGCAAUUGCACCUAGUUUGCUUUUGAUACUAAGAAAUUCACAAUUUAAGCUCCCAGUUAUAAAAUCUAAACAGAAUUGGCUGAUAGUAGUCACUCUCUCAGCAUAUUUGUCUUUCUAUUCGUUUACAUAUGGAAUAAGGAAUCUCUACUGGGUAUAUCACCUAUACAAUAUUUUGAAUGGGGUGUUUUUUGUCUUAACACUAAUGUAA